AUGUCGUUUAUCUAUGAUCUCAUGUAUCGUUCUCAUCCUUUACGUCUUCUAAUUUUACUCAUCUUCUUAGUUUUAUUCGGGAAAUCCCAAAAGGAGGCAUUACAAGUUAAAGUGGGAAUCGUUCUUGACACUACGUUAGCAGAUUUGAGCUUACGUGCUAUCAACAUGUCUCUGUCGGAAUUCUAUAAUACUCAUAAUGGCUUCAAGACAAGGAUUGUCCUCAACAUCCGAGACUCCAAACAAACUGUUGUUGGUGCUGCAGCUUCAGCUUUAUACUUGAUUAAGAAGAGGGAAGUGGUGGCGAUUAUUGGACCAGGGAGUUCAAUGCAAGCUCCAUUUUUAAUCAACCUCGGAAACCAAUCUCAAGUUCCAAUCAUUUCGUUCUCCGCAACAAGCCCUCUUCUGGACUCCCUUCGUAGUCCAUAUUUCAUCAGAGCCACACACGACGAUUCAGCACAAGUUCACGCCAUAAGUGCCAUCAUAGAGUCAUUUAGAUGGAGAGAAGUUGUCUCUAUUUAUGUAGACAAUGAGUUUGGAGAAGGUAUUCUUCCUUACCUAGUCGAUGCUUUUCAAGAGAUCAACGUUCGUAUCCGAUACCGAAGCGCCAUCUCGUUAUAUUUCUCUGAUGAUCAAAUCAGGAUAGAGCUUUACAAACUAAUGAACAUGCCCUCUAGGGUUUUUGUCGUGCACAUGUUGCCUGAUCUCGGGGCAAGGCUUUUUGCGAUAGCUAAAGAGAUUGGUAUGAUGAGUAAAGGAUAUGUAUGGAUUGUUACAAAUGGUAUAGCUAAUCUCAUGAGUUUAAUGGGGGAAUCAAGCUUUGAAGAUAUGCAUGGUGUCUUGGGUGUCAAGACAUAUUUGUCUAGGUCAAAAGAGCUAGCGUAUCUGGAAGCUCGUUGGCGAAAAAGAUUUGGAGGAGAAGAGCUAAACAAUUUUGGAUAUUGGGCUUAUGAUGCUGCAACAGCACUUGCAAUGUCAGUUGAAGAAAUAAGUAACGUAAACAUGAGUUUCAAUAUGACGACCAAAAACGUUUCAAGAAAUGAUAUUGGGACUGAUCUUGAUGAUCUCGGUGUCUCUCUCUCUGGUCCUAAGCUUAUUCAAGCGUUAUCGAAGGUCAGCUUCAAAGGUGUUGCCGGGAGAUUUCAGCUGAAACAGGGGAAGCUAGAGGCGACGAUUUUCAAGAUAAUCAAUAUAGAAGAAAGCGGUGAAAGAACGAUUGGAUUUUGGAAAUCAGAAGAAGGAUUAAUGAAGAACCUAAAAGAGGUUCAAAAAGGCAUUAACAUCUCACAGAGCUCGCGUCGCCUUGGACCAAUAAUAUGGCCAGGGGACACUAUUUUGGUGCCCAAAGGUUGGGAUUUCCCAAUAAAUGCAAAGAAGCUAAGGAUAGCAGUUCCAAAGAAGGAUGGUUUCAACCAAUUUGUGAAGGUAACAAAGGAUGCACACACAAAUGUUCUAACUGUCACCGGUUUUUGCAUAGAUGUUUUUGACACGGUGAUCAGACAAAUGCCAUAUGCUGUCCCUUUUGAGUACAUCCCCUUUGAAACUCCUGAUGGGUUAUCAGAUGGAAACUACGACGAAAUGAUUUAUAAAGUGUUUCUUGGGGAGUAUGAUGGAGCUGUAGGGGAUACAACAAUCUUAGCAAAUCGGUCUGCUUAUGUCGAUUUCGCAUUGCCAUACUCGGAGACCGGUAUUGUGUUCGUUGUGCCGGUCAAGGACGAGAGAGAGAAAGGAAAAUGGGUCUUCUUAAAGCCCUUAACAAAGGAGCUCUGGUUGCUCACUGCUGCUGCUUUUCUCUACAUUGGAAUGAUGGUUUGGAUUUUUGAAUACCAAGCAGAUGAUACUAGAUUCAGGGAACAAGACAUGACUAAUAAAAUAUCUAAUGUGUUCUACUUUUCAUUUUCGACUCUCUUUUUCGCACACAGGAAGCCAUCAGAGAGCUUUUUCACAAGGGCUCUUGUGGUGGUUUGGUGCUUUGUGUUAUUGAUUCUGACUCAGAGCUACACAGCGACACUGACAUCGAUGCUGACUGUUCAAGAGCUUCGACCAACAGUGCGACACAUGGAUGAUCUGAGGAAGAGCGGAGUGAAUAUUGGAUAUCAGUCUGGUUCCUUUACAUUCGAAAGAUUAAAACAAAUGGGUUUCGAUGAAUCGAGGUUAAAGACUUACGAUUCUCCUCAAGAAAUGCGUGAGCUUUUUCUUAACAAGAGCAGCAAUGGUGGUAUUGGUGCUGCAUUCGAUGAAGUCCCUUAUGUCAAGCUUUUCAUGGCUAAAUAUUGCAAAGAGUAUUCCAUUAUCGAACCUAGCUUUAAGGCCGAUGGCUUUGGCUUUGUAAGUAUAGCUUUUCCACUGGGAUCUCCGUUGGUGUCAGAUAUUUCAAGACAGAUAUUGAACAUAACAGAGGGAGAGGGCAUGAAAGCUAUGGAGAACAAGUGGUUUGUUGGAGAGAAACAUUGUCUGGACUCGACCACAUCGGAUUCUCCAAUCCAGCUCGACCACCACAGCUUUCAAGCUCUAUUUCUGAUCGUUUUUGUUUUCUCUGUGCUUCUACUAUUGCUCAUGUUGGCUUGUAAGAAACACAGAGAGAGACAAGGCGACAAGAUCGAAUCUGGAGCUCAAGAUGGAGUCAAUGAAGAAGAUAAUGUUGGAGAUGGAGAUGAAGCAGAACAUAUUGUGGACGUCGACACUGCUUUGCUCCGUCGUAAGAAACUGACCUCAAGGACUAUGCCCUUAAGGAGAGUGGCGCCACUGUUAAGGCUAAAAUCAGCAUAG